AUGACCUUGUCGCGAUCACCCUCUCCCCACCCGGGCGGGGGGUGGUCCAGCCCGGGACUCAUUCCGGCUAGCGGCACCACCUCGCCCGGUUCAUUAUCACCAGGCGGUAUUUCGUGGGCUGCAGCCAAAUCGAAAAGCGAAGAAGUGCGUGGGUAUCCAUCGUUUUCAACGCGCAAUAGCGGCUUUUUCUCUCGGCAGCGACACAAGAUCUCGACGUGGUUUCCUAGCUUCCGAAGGGUUUCCUCACAUGACUACAUCGAUAAAGAUGACUAUGGCCGAAAUUGGAAGCGUGCGAGUGGCAUUGUCCAAACAUACCGAAGAUCACCUAUAGGUGGCGGGAGCAAGUUCGUCAUCAUACUCGGAUCCAAUGUGGAGGGCGGCGUCAUGGAGUGGAAGGGCGCACGUGAAUGGGCCAUUGAACGCAACAGCAUAUGGAACAAGAGGAGAUAUGCUGAGAAAUGGGGUUACGAGCUAGAACUGGCUAAUCUACUGGCCAAAAAGCGGUACUCACAUGAAUGGCGCGAGAGCUGGGAGAAGGGCGAUGUGAUCCGCGAAGCCAUGCGCAAGUAUCCAGACGCGGAAUGGUUUUGGUGGCUCGACUUAAACACUUGGGUUAUGGAAUACGAUAUAUCGCUCCAACAACAUCUAUUCAAUGAUCUCAAGUCUCAUGUCUACCGCGACAUCACCGCCUACAACCCUCUCAACAUCACCCAUCCACUGCCCGAGUUCUGGCUCGACGAGCUAGGUCGUUCUCUUGAGGGCGACGGCCAGGCAGAUUCUUUGAACAUGUUACUGACACAAGAUUGCGCCGGCUUCAAUCUUGGAUCGUUCUUCCUGCGACGAUCUCUUUGGACCGAUCGCCUGCUUGAUAUCUGGUGGGAUCCCGUCAUGUACGAGCAGAUGCAUAUGGAAUGGGAACAUAAAGAACAGGAUGCCUUGGAAUACAUUUAUCAGAGUCAGCCAUGGGUUCGGAGUGGUGUUGGCUUUUUGCCAAAACGCAGCAUCAACGCUUUCCCUCCUGGCGCAUGCGGCGACGGAGAAAAUCCAGUCAUUCACUAUCAGCAGAAUGCGCAUGAUCUUGUUGUUAACAUGGCUGGGUGUAUCUUUGGUCGUGAUUGCUGGUCUGAAAUCUACUACUACCGUGAGCUGAGCAACUGGCUUGGUCGGUCGGGUUGGGAGCAAUUCAGGGACGGCUUGACUGAUCUGUACGACCGAAUGACGGGGAAGGAUAAGGAUGAUUGA